AUGUCAACAUCCAUUAUACAACAGCUAGCUUUUGAAAAACUUAACGACGAUAAUUACGAAACUUGGAAAUCGAAUAUAAACAUGAUACUAGUAAUAGAUGAUCUUCGAUUCGUUUUAAUGGAGGAAUGUCCUCCAUCUCUUGGUCCCAACGCAAACCGAACAGUUCGAGAUGUGUAUGAUAGAUGGGUCAAAGCUAAUGAGAAGGCUCAGGUUUAUAUUUUAGCCAAUAUAUCCGAUUUACUGUCUAAGAAACACGAGAGGUUAGCUACUGCAAGAGAGAUCAUGGACUCUUUGCAGGGCCUGUUUGGACAACCGUCCACACCUGCCAUGCAUGACGCAAUUAAAUUCGUUUACAACUGCAGAAUGAAGGAAGGAACCUCCGUAAGGGAACAUGUUUUGAACAUGAUAAUUCACUUCAAUAUUGCAGAAGUGAAUAGAGUCCUCAUGAAUGAGAAGAGUCAAGUUGGAUUCAUCAUGCAGUCUCUUCCAAAGAGAUUUUUUCAAUUCAAAAUGAAUGCAAUGAUGAAUAAUAUUGAGUAUAAAUUGACGACUCUUCUUGACGAACUCUAG